GUCGCCGCGGCAGCCCCAGCCCCGCUCCCACCCCCUCGCCUGCCUCCACCCUCCUUCCCUUUCUCUCGCUCGCUCGGCGAGAGCGCUGUGCCUCCUUUCCCGGAUGGCAGCCGGCAGCGCCAUGCAGCCUCCCGUUCCUCCUCCUCCUCUCCCUCCUCUCCGGCUGUAAGUUAAUGCCAUGCUGCCGCUGCUCUUCCCGGCACUGCUGGCCGCCUGCCUGCCGCCCUGCCAGGGCUGGAGCCCCUCGGCGGCUACCAGCGGGCAGGAGGAGCAGGAGCAGGAGCUCUUCUUGCCCCCUGCCAACUCCUCCUCCCGCUCCUUGGCCAGCCUCGAGAUGGAUCUCGACGGGGCAGCGAGCAAGGAGGAAGGCAGCACCGACAGCCCGGGCACGCCGGCUGCCCCUAGCCAAGAGCCUUUCCCUUCCGCUCCCACCACGUCCGGGCAGGAGCAGCCGGGGCAGGAGCAGCCGGGGCAGGAGCAUCAGCAGCGUCCCCAGCCGCAGGGGCAGCCGCAGCCCGCCGAGGACCCGCACUGCAACAUCAGCGUGCAGCGGCAGAUGCUGAGCUCGCUGCUGGUGCGCUGGAGCCGCCCGCUGGGCAUCCAGUGCGACCUCCUGCUCUUCUCCACCAACAGCCACGGGCGAGCCUUCUUCUCCGCCGCCUUCCACCGCGUGGGGCCGCCGCUGCUCAUCGAGCACCUGGGGCUGGCGGCCGGCGGCGCCCAGCAGGACUUGCGCCUCUGCGUGGGCUGCAGCUGGGUGCGGAGCAGGCGGGUCGGGCGGCUGCGGGGCACCGCGCCCCAGCCCCAGCCCCAGCCCCAGCCCCAGCCCCAGCCCCAGCCCCCCGCUGCCGCCGCCGCCGCCGCCGCCGCAUCCUCCUCCUCCUCCUCGCUUUCCUACCCGCCGGCGGCCGAGCCCGGCCAGUACUGGCUGCAAGGGGAGCCGCUGAAUUUCUGCUGCCUGGAUUUCAGCCUGGAGGAGCUGAAGGGCGAGCCGGGCUGGCGGAUGAACCGCAAGCCCAUCGAGUCCACCUUGGUGGCGUGUUUCAUGACUCUGGUCAUCAUCGUGUGGAGCGUGGCCGCCCUCAUCUGGCCCGUGCCCAUCAUCGCGGGAUUCCUGCCCAAUGGCAUGGAGCAGCGCCGCGGCACCGCCGCCGGCACCGCUACUGCCGCCGCCGCCGCCGCCAAGUAGCCUCUGCCGGUGACCCCCCUGCUCUUCGUCGUGUGCUGUGGAGGGACGCGGGACGGACUCUGUCGCGUUUUUCUUGUUUGCAGCGUGCCACAGGUGCGCGGCGGGACGUGGGGCCGCCUCCGCGCCCGGCCCGGCCCCGAGGGCAGCGGCCCCGAGGGGACUGAAUCAUAUGUGCGCGUUUUAUAUCUUUAAUACCCGUUUUCAACGAACCUUUUAGUAAAAAACAAAAAACAAAAAAACCAAAAAAAAAAAACCAAAACAAAAAAAAAUCCGAUCCAACCCCCCUCCCCUAGGAAAAAAAAGGGCAAGAAGAAGCCCCCCUAAAAAUUCAAUGGAGGAAAUCACAGACCCUCCUAUUCGGCCGCAUUUGUUGUCAGAGUAGCGUUUUUGUAUAGGGUAUGGUUUGAACGGGUUUUUCCUUUAUGGACAGAAUGGGAUAUCUCUCUUUGACAGAAUGGAGGACCGAUGUGGUAUAUAUAUUGUUACUGCUGAAGCUGAACUUUAAUGAACCUUUCACACUUAAUUUCCUGGUUGAGAUAGUGUGUAUUUAUUAUUGUAGCUCUGCGUUAUUUGGCUUUUAAUACAGAGGUUUUCUUUCUGGAGCCGCUGUAGCCUUUUGUUGGUCUGUUUCCUCCAGGGUGGAACAGAGGGUUUGGCUGGCCUUCCUGUCUGCGAACCUGCCACGAAGCUCCUUUCCCCAUGAAAUGGUGUUACUAGGGCUGCUGGUGGCAAAAGGAGAAUCCCAAAGCCUCUCUGACUGGUGUUUCCCUAUCUGUGGGUCUGAAUGCCUACA